GCAAGAGCAUCCUCCAUCUCUUCGCAUCUCCUCCGUAAGGAAAAGUAUCACAGUUUUCCGCUACCGGUAAGCAAUAAAUAUCCACUGCGAGCGCCAAACUACUUUUUGAUCUUCCAAUUUAAGCUAUCUUCUGUUCUCUUCCUUUGUUCUCCUCUCGUUUCUUCUUCUCUUCCUUUCUUGCAACCACCAAAAGCCCAAGAUGACCGAGGCCGAACACAAGAAGCGGAACUUUCGGCUCCGCCUGAUCCUGUACUACAUCUUUGCUCUCGCCUAUCUGGCGGGUGCCCUUGAUUUCGGGAUCGAGUAUCACAACUACUGGGCGUGCGUCGGCUUCACCCUUGUGCUGUUCUUCAUUGCGCUGCGAAUGGUGCUCUUCGUCACGCCUCAGUGGCGCCUCUACCAGAUCUUCCCGCCAUGCAGCUUCGCACGCGCUGCCUAUCAGUCGUUCUUCCUCGCUGCCUGCCUCGCCGGCGUGGCUCUUGGCCUGUGGCUGAUGGCGCGCGGCAUCCAGCACCACCAGUCCUGGACCGCGGACUCCUACUUCUGUGGGAUGACGGGCAUGUGGAUGUGGGCGAAGUGGGCCUACUUUGUUACUGUCCCGAUCUACGAUCUGCGCGAGGACACGCUGGAGGAGGAGUCGCUGAUCAUGCUGGGCCUCGCGGAUCCGUUGAAAGUGAUGAGCGAAAACAACGAACCGGUGAACGAGAAGUGCGAGGUGUAG